UCCCUAGCUUUAGUAAUACAUUGUCAAAAUGGGAGUUAAGUUGUUUGUGUUCCUCGCGAUAAUAGUGGUCCUGGGUGUAGUGAAAGCCACUGUUGUAAUAAAUGUAUUUGAAGAGGAAAACGAAAACAACUUGGAGGGCGGUUGCAACAACCGAGCAUGCGACCAGCUGUGUCGGCGACUCGGCUUCACAGGGGGCGUCUGUGUCGGCGACAGAUGCAAGUGCGACAACUUUCUUUCUCCACUAAUAGAUACCGAAUACACCUUGGAGGGCGGUUGCAAUAACCGAGCAUGCGACCAGCUAUGUCGGCGACUCGGCUUCACAGGGGGCGUCUGUGUCGGCGACAGGUGCAAGUGCGACAACUUUGCUCCACUAAUAGAUAAUGAAUACACCAUGGAGGGCGGUUGCAACAACCGAGCAUGCGACCAGCUGUGUCGGCGACUCGGCUUCACAGGGGGCGUCUGUGUCGGCGAUAGAUGCAAGUGCGACAUUAUACUGGCACUGAAAGAUAAUUCUAUGACUAAACUGGAAGCAGUCGGUGGUUGCAGUCAACAAACCUGCCGUAAUGCAUGUCAUAAGUUGGGAUACAAACAUGGCAUAUGUACGAGUAUUUUCGGAAAAAAAUGUAUUUGCCACAAUGUUAUGUAGUACACAAUAAAGGGUAGAAAGAAAA